AUGGAGUGGCCUGAAUUCCUAGAGCGCUCAAACUCCCAGGAGUCCACAUUUGGUCUGUUCAGCGCAACACCUCAAGCUAAUGAGGUUGUUGCGCGAGCAGAUCAGUGGACUCCUGAAGAGAAACAAGUUUUUGAGAACGCUUUAUCUGUGUUUAAUAAUCCAAUUUCACCACCAUUUUUUGAUUAUGUUGCUUCUAAACUCCCCCAUAAACCCCUAGAGGAGAUCAAAAAAUACUACCUAGCCCUUUUCAAAGACGUUGAAAUGGAAAAUCCUGAACCUAAAAACAAAGCUCCUGCUACUGAUGGUUAUGCACUUGAACAUGACCAACAGAAUAAUUACCAAGUGCCUCAGGAUGAUGAUCACUCGGACAUGGAGGCUGCUCAAAAUGGAACACCACCUCCGGUUGAAAACAACCGUCCACGUCGCCGGCGCGGAAUUCCAUGGACUGAAGGAGAACACCAGUUGUUCCUCAUGGGACUCAACAGAUUUGGGAAAGGAGAUUGGAAAAGCAUCUCAAGGUACUAUGUUGUUUCAAAGACACCAACCCAAGUGGCCAGUCAUGCCCAAAAGUACUUUGGUCGUCGGAACAGUGCAACUCCAACGGAGCGUCGCCGCCCUAGCAUCAACGACAUUCAAACCGUCACCCUUAACCCUAGGGCUACAACUGUGACGGCUCAGAUCAAUAAUGGUAGACUUGCUUAUAACAAUAAUAACCAAGGUGCAUCGCUGCCCAUGCAUUAUCCUUACAACUUUGGUGGUGCAAUGUUUGGUCACAAUUCUCAUGGAAAUUUUGGGAGUUUCGUUAAUCGUGGUGAAGCCUCUGGCAGCAGCUCAUUCAAUAUGCAGCAGAACAACAAUAACAAUCUUCGUAGGCCAGUGUCACCUCGUCCAUUCCUUUCGAUGUAUCUGUCUUCUGCUACGAGGAACAAUAAUCGAGUCUAA